AUGCCGGCUGGGGACGCUGGGAGGUGGGUCAGGCCUGCAGCUGUAGUAAAGUUUCCAAGUACGUGCGGUAACGUUGCAGUAACACGUCAUGUAACAUGGCCGCACGCCGAAUUUGGUGUGGGUGGCCUGCUGGGUUUCUCCCGAACAGUCCUUGGGGUCGGUUCCCGGAGGCAGCAGUCGGGUGUGCAGUCGGCAUGCGGUGCAGCAAGGCGAGGGGCCGGCAGUGACCCGCGGCGGAGGGUUGUGUUGUACCAGGGAGGGUAUUGCCGGGCGUGCGUUGGAAUGAGAGGUGGAGAUUGGGCAGUUUCCGAUGCUGCAGUGCGUGAAGGAGUUCAUAUUACUUACUUAAACUCACUGGUUUCUCUUUUUAGAUUCAUCUGCAUUUAUCCAGCAUAUUUGAAUAACAAGAAGACAAUAGCAGAAGGAAGAAGGAUACCUAUAGACAAAGCUGUUGAAAAUCCCACAUCUACAGAAAUUCAGGAUGUAUGUGCAGCAGUUGGAUUCAACGUGCUAUUAGAGAAAAAUAAGAUGUAUCCUAGAGAGUGGAACAGAGACAUGCAGUACAGAGGUAGAGUACGAAUCCAGCUCAAACAGGAUGAUGGCAACCCAUGUUUACCUCAGUUUCCAACACGUAAAUCAGUGAUGCUGUAUGCUGCGGAAACAAUUCCCAAACUGAAAACAAGAACACAAAAGAUGGGAGGUAGCGAUCAAAGUCUUCAGCAAGGAGAGGGAGGCAAGAAAGGUAAAGGGAAGAAAAAGAAAUGAGCUCACGUCUGGAAUAAUUGUUACAUCACAUAGUUGUACUUAUGACAAAUGUGGAUGGACAAUUGCUGCAACUUUGAUGUGAAAGAUACAAACAAGAAAUAAACAGGUGAAGCUGAAUAGAACUGCCUGCUUUUCUUGGAACUGGAAUGCAUGUAGCUGCCUCACAUCUGUGUAACAAUAAAUCUGUCUUCACACAAAA